AUGAAGUGGAUAAAUACUACUUGGGCUACUACUGCUAAGGACUUCGAAGUUAAGACACUGAGAGCGUUUUAUUCGGAGUUAGAGAUUAAGCCGUAUAAAAUUUCUACUCCGGUUAACUCGAAUAACCCAGUUAAG